AGCGCCGCAGAAACUUCCGGUCAGGAAGAUGGCGGCUUCCUAGAGUCCUGAUUGACUGGCCGUGGUGCCCAGGCUACAGAGUGGAACCUGCGGCGGUGUGAACGCUCGCGAACUUUGUGUCGCCGUGGUCUAACUUCGACCCGGCUUGCUGCAGCUCCAGGGACCUGACCGGCGGCGCCUUAAGGGAAAAGGAGUUUUGGGGAGCUUCAGCUGUAUCUUUUUGGCUCUGCAAACCAAGUCUUCCAGGCAGGAUCCUGGCUUCCACUAUCCCCUCUCCAUCCAACCACUCGGCGGGAACCAUGGAGGUGGCUGAGGCCAACAGCCCCACCGAGGAGGAGGAAGAGGAGGAUGAAGGAGAGGAGACGAUAACUGAGCCCAGGCCUCACACUCGCUCCAAUCCUGAGGGGGCUGAGGACCGGGCCCUGGGAGCUCAGGCCAAUGUGGGCAGCCGCAGCGAGGGCGAGGGCGAGGCAGCCACUGCAGAUGAUGGGGCAGCCAGUGUCCCGGGAGCCGGGCCUAAGCCCUGGCAAGUACCGGCAUCAGCAUCUGAGGUCCAGAUUCGAACACCAAGGGUCAACUGUCCAGAGAAGGUGAUCAUCUGUCUGGAUCUUUCGGAGGAGAUGUCUGUGCCAAAGCUGGAGUCCUUUAAUGGCUCUAGGACAAAUGCCCUGAAUGUGUCUCAGAAGAUGGUUGAGAUGUUUGUGCGCACAAAGCACAAGAUUGACAAGAGCCAUGAGUUUGCACUGGUCGUAGUGAAUGAUGACUCCGCCUGGCUGUCUGGCCUGACCUCUGACCCACGUGAGCUCUGCAGCUGCCUGUAUGACCUGGAGACGGCAUCCUGCUCCACAUUCAAUUUGGAAGGCCUCUUCAGCCUCAUCCAGCAGAAGACAGAGCUGCCAGUCACAGAGAAUGUGCAAACCAUCCCACCCCCCUACGUUGUGCGCACCAUCCUGGUCUACAGCCGCCCACCCUGCCAGCCCCAGUUCUCCCUGACUGAGCCCAUGAAGAAGAUGUUCCAAUGUCCCUACUUCUUCUUCGACAUUGUUUACAUCCACAAUGGCACCGAGGAGAAGGAAGACGAUAUGAGCUGGAAGGACAUGUUCGCCUUCAUGGGCAGCCUGGACACCAAGGGCACCAGCUACAAGUAUGAGGUAGCACUUGCUGGUCCUGCCCUGGAGCUGCACAAUUGCAUGGCCAAGCUGCUGGCCCACCCGCUGCAAAGGCCCUGCCAGACCCACGCGAGCUAUAGCCUGCUGGAGGAGGACGAGGAAGCCGGAGAGGGGGAAGCCACUGUGUGACCUAUGACCUAAGCCGGAGAGAGGGAAGCCACUGGGUGACCUAUGACCUGUGACAUCCGCAGGCUCCUAUGAGAGCGCAGCCACAUCAUUACUGGCCUAUGCUCAACCCCACUCUGUCCAUUGUAAAUUCAUUCUUUCUGGGACCAUUUUUGUCACUGGAAUAAAAAUCUAAGGUCCCUGAGCCCGCC